AUGAAUAUAAAAAUAUAUAGUUUAGUUACCGUUUUUUCUUAUAUCAUUUCGAUAGUAACAAUACACUGUUUUAAAAAUAAUGCCGAUUUAAAUAAAUAUGUCAAGAAAAAUAAGAAAGUAGAUGAUGAAUAUAAAAUAAACAAUAUAGAUAUAAAUAACAAUGAAAAAUUUAGAUAUAGAAAUCUUUCAGAAUGUACCGUAGAAAAUAAUUACAUUUUAGGUUCUACCAAGAUUCAAGAAUCUUCAGAUGAUAAAAAGUCUAAAGGAUUUAAUUUUUUUAAAUGUUUUAAUAUAUUUAAAAGAGAUAAAAAAAAUCAAUCUUCAGAUAACAAUGAAUGUCUUCCUGAGGAAGUAUUGGAGUGGAAUGAUUUUUUGCAUAGCCUGUUUGAAGGUGAUCAAGAGGGCUUAAUGUCAAUAUUACAUAUAAAAGAAAAAUUAGAAAAAAGCCACUCAAAUAACAAUGAAUCUAUUCCUAGGAUAAAAUUACGAUAUGGAAUUGUUCUAGGUGACAGUAUUCCAAAAAAUAAAGAAAAAUUUGAAAACAAAUCUUCAAAUAACAAUGAAUCUCUUUCUAUGAUAACAUCGGUGAUGAAGGUUGCGGAUCGUUGCUAUUAUUUAAAAAAUCCAGAACAUUUAAAGCUUUUAUUAGAUUCUAAACAACUAUAA